ACAUUGAAACAACACAGAAAUAUUUAUCAUAAAUAUCACAAAAAAGAAAUGAUGGCCAAGGAUAAGGGGAUGGCUGGAACUGGGACGGCUAUACCGGCAACAGGCGACCGCGAGUGGUCUGCGGAAGAGGAGUUGCAGCUUUUCCACGCCAUGGAAGGACUACGUCCGGUUGGCAUUAAUAAACAUUUCUAUAUGUCGUGCAUUGCCCAGCGGCUCUCAAAAUCUCUAAAUCGCGAGAUGCCGAGUGAACUGAUUUGGAAGCACUUGGGUACCAUGUAUAAGCUGAAAGAGCUGGAUGAUCUUGAGACACUUCCUUUUCCAAACGAGGAGCGGGAGUUUUGCCUGCCAGAACAAGAGUACGGAACGCUACUAACCAAAAAAAAAGUGGAGGUUAACUCCAGCGAAGAAACCACAGACGGUUCAGCUUCUGUUGUUGCUCCAGCUCCAGAUAGCAACGGCAAAGCUCCGCCAGCUACAACCAAAGCACAGGUGCACAGCACUUCUAAGGACGCCGAGAAGAAGUCAUCGGCCAAGCCGAUUGAUCUACCCAAACGUCCAGCUAAGCGUACCCGCGGAUCGAUGUCAAAUGAAUCUAUUAGCCCCUCAACAACACCACCGCCAGUGCAGAGCAACAAGCGUCGUCGCAUUUAAGCUGCAUUGCGCGGACUCGAAAAUAAAAAUACAAUAAAUACCUAUAGUUCAUGUGUAGCUUAAGUUACAAAAUAAUGUUCUUAUAAAGUAUGUAUAAUACUA